UUCCAAUCCAUCGUGUUUUAGCUGUUUUAGAGGAUGGAAGUAGGCAGUGCAGCAGGAGGUGAAAGUGGGAUAAAUCGAAGCCUGAAAGAUGAUUUUCUUCCUGAGGAGUCCUUCAGGAGCAUGGGGAAUUAUGUUAAAGCACUUAGCGAAACUCCACACCGGUUCAUGGACCGGCUCCUGACCCGAUCUCUGGAGACCGCCGAGCUCCAUGAGAUCAAGGCCAGGAGCAACCAUGAGAUGAAGAAGAACCUCACAUGGUGGGACCUCAUCUGGUUUGGAAUUGGUGCCGUCGUCGGCGCCGGUAUUUUCGUCCUCACCGGCCUUCAAGCUAACGAAGUUGCUGGUCCUGCUAUCAUCCUGUCGUAUGUAAUAUCCGGUGUCUCCGCUAUGCUUUCCGUUUUCUGUUACACCGAGUUCGCCGUAGAAAUUCCAGUUGCAGCUAAUGAUUUCCGCAUCAAUGUGACCAGCCUUCUUCAUGAUUAUGGCCACCUCGACCCCAUUGCUGUUGUUGUGAUAACUGUCAUCGGCAUUGUUGCAAUCCUCAGUACAAAGGGCUCCUCGCGCCUCAAUUACAUUUCCUCCAUCGUCCACAUUGCUGUUAUUCUCUUCAUCAUCAUUGCUGGUUUUACGAAAGCUGACACCAAAAACUACACCCCUUUUGCCCCCUUUGGCGUUCAUGGCAUUUUCAAGUCUUCAGCUGUGCUUUUCUUCGCAUAUGUCGGUUUUGAUGCUGUCUCAACAAUGGCUGAAGAGACUAAAAACCCUGCUCGAGAUAUUCCCAUUGGUCUUGUUGGCUCAAUGACAAUUGUCACUGUUGCAUACUGUCUGCUUGCUAUAACAUUAUGCCUUAUGCAACCAUAUCCGCAGAUCGACCAGGAUGCCCCAUUCCCCGUGGCAUUUGAAGCUGUAGGGAUGAAUUGGGCUAAGUAUAUUGUUGCUCUCGGUGCAUUGGAGGGCAUGACCACUGCUUUGCUUGUCAGUGCUGUCGGCCAAGCCAGAUAUCUGACCCAUAUUGCACGUACCCGCAUGAUGCCGCACUGGUUAGCACAAAUCAAUCCAAAGACAGGAACGCCAAUAAAUGCAACAAUUGUCAUGCUUGCUGCCACAGCAAUCAUUGCCUUCUUUACUCAACUAGAUAUUCUUGCCAAUCUUCUCUCAAUAUCAACAUUGUUCAUCUUCAUGCUCGUAGCUAUUGCUCUCCUUGUUCGCCGAUACUAUGUCAGUGGGGUGACAACACCAGCAGACAGAAACAAACUUAUUAUUUGCAUAGCGUUCAUUCUUGGGUCUUCUGCUGCCACUACUGCUUACUGGGCACUAAGUAGCGAUAAUGAAUGGAUUGCAUAUGUGAUUACAGCGCCAAUUUGGUUCUUGGCUACCUUGGCACUUCAGCUUAUUGUUCCGAAGGCUAGGACUCCAAAACUGUGGGGCGUUCCAUUGGUUCCUUGGUUACCAUCAGCUUCCAUUGCCAUCAAUAUUUUCCUUCUUGGAUCCAUAGACCGUGCAUCCUUUAUAAGGUUUGCUGUCUGGACUGCCAUCCUGUUGAUUUACUAUUUUCUAGUUGGAUUGCAUGCGUCUUAUGAUACAGCCAAGGGUCAUGGGGAGAAUCAGGCUGCAGAGGGAUAAUGGAAUGCUUAAGAAGGUGCGGUGUCUUCCAAUUAUACCACAAAUCCUAGCUAGUAGUUAAAGCAGAAUCAUGAAGGUGAACAGUAUUUGUAGCUUCUUCAAAUAUUUUUUUCUAAACUACCAUAGGAUUUUCCGUCUUGGGAAAAAAAGGGUGUAUGUUAAUAAUGGAAGUUAUUGAAU